GAAACCAUAGAAAUUACAAACCGUCAUCGAAAAAAGAUGGCGCAUUCGGCAGAACCGGUGGAGGGAAUUUUAAACUUUCGUAGGAGUCUAAACUAUGAAAAAUAACGGAAUAAGAGAUGCCUCUUACCAAGCCCACAUACAGAUGUGUUCAUUUUAUUAACUGAAAUGGCGUGUAGUUCAGUAGGUAGAUAGCAACAAGUUCAGGUAGUUUGAUCAGACUACUGGUUAUGAUUUCACGGUUUUAGCGCUCCACGAUGACCGAGAAGUUCAGUCCCAUGGACGGUCCGGAAAUGCCCCAGGCACCCCCUGUCCCGGCUGGCUGCAGUCGACUCACGACUCACCCCGACCUGGAUCUGUCUGUCACCCUCACCCCGGAGAAGCCGAGUAUUGAGGCUGGCAUCCUGAAGCAGGGCAAACGAGGAGGCAGGCGGCCACAAAGGCAGGUGCGAUUCAAUAUCAGCCCAAAGUCGAAGGAGACGGUGAUAAAACUGAGCAGAAAUCCAGCCCAGGAGCAUGUGGUCUGUACCGCGGUGACUGAGCCCAGCAGUCAGCAGGAGGCGACUCAGACCACCCGCGGGUCCAAGAACCACAACGAGCUGAAUGGGAGGAAGAGCGGCAAGAAGCUUGGACGCCCAGAAGGGGUCUCUGUCAGCAGACUGGCCGAGGAAGGUUCCGGUAAGCUCUGCCAGGGGGCGGAGCUCAACACCACCCUGGCUUUGAAGGCGGAGCUGGAGGACCAGGCAGAGAAGGAGUUUGAUCCCAGGAGGGCAGUGCAACAGCGCCUAAAGGCAUCUGCGUACACCAAAAGCAACAUUAGCGUGCGAGCUACCGGAGGAGUCAACAUCCCACGCUCUCAGAACCUCUACCGAGAACUCGUCAGCAUUAGUGUGCCAGAGGAUCAGCUGAUCAGCCAGGCUCUCUACGAUAGGUUGAAGCUGGUCCCACCCGCCCCUUCCAACAAGUGCCAGGACAGUCCAGCAGAGGGCCCUGACCUCCUGGCCUUCUACAAUCCUGGGGAACUCUACAGGGAGACACAACUCUUCCCAGGGGACGAGCUGAAGCUGCCACGGCCUUGCCCCAUACCCCGCCCUUCCCACGCGACCUUUGACCUGUACCGCAAGCACAGACAGUGGGAAUCCUGACUUGCGGAGGCUGGCAAUGAACUGGAUGAGCCACUGGGUCGUUAUGGGCCAGGUUGUUUGUGUCUGAGUGAGCACAGUGGACGGGGUGGGUGGCUGGGGGUCACAACAUCCCUCUUGGCCUAACUCGCACCGAUCUGCACGCAGCCCUCACUGACCUUCUGCCAGGUGCAACCCCCCCCCCCCCCCCCCCCCC